AUGCGUCAAUUGCUUGUAGUGGUGUUGCUGGUGGCAGGGGGGUUUGCUGACAAGGAUCAACAGCCAGCUGAGGCCGCUAAUCCUCCCAGUCCUUACGAGCUACCUCAUGACGACCACCUAGAUGACUACCACCAUGACGAACUGCCGGGACCUCAUGUACUGCGCUCGACACGCUCUAGAAAGAUCGCAGAGCCCGAUGAUCAUGGACCGGAAGUAAAAAAGCAAAAUGUUAUCAUCCGAAAGACUUACGAUCCCGACUACUAUGAGCCGACGAUCAUUCUGGACUACAGAUACAUGAAGACAGGAGGCCGAGACUACACGCGAGGCCCAGGAGGUCAAUACGUGAUUCUGCCCAAAGGCAUCCGUACCAAAGAGCCGAAAGAGUUCGAGAACUACGACGCCUUAUUAGAGCACUUACGUCUCAAAAACUUAGCUGAGAUAGAACACAAGCGUGCUCACUACAGCGCAGGACAUUACUAA